AUGCCAGUUUUACAUGCUUUUCUAACAGUUGGCUCUGAAGUUUUUUUGUCAUCACAAGAAAAAAUUCAAAUGUUGUUAUCAAUGUGUGAAAAAACUAUUUGUGACAAUGAUAGUGACGAAAUUGGAAAAGCGCAUGCAGCGAAAAUGCUUGAGGUCUUUGUUUUACAAAGUCAAGGUCAUCCAAAUUCUUGUUUGCCACAUAUUCUUCGUUUGGUAUUAACUCAACUUCAAAUUUCAAUAAAAGAAGAGACUACCUUAGAUCAAUAUAAACCACAACUUUUAAUGGUUUUGGUUGCCGGGUUCUAUAAUGAUUCUAAUUUGUCUACAAGUAUUUUUGAACAAUUUCAAAUUAAUUCAACACAAAAAACUACUUUUGAAUGGUUUUUGGAAGAAUUAUAUGAAAAUAGAGACAAUUUUGAGGGAAUACAUUUUCGUAAAAUGUUAAUAUGGUUUUUAUGUCGUCUUUUAUCGAGUGGUUUAAUUCCUACAAUGUUUCAACAAGAAGCAACAAAGGUUUAUUUAUUUUUUAAAUUAUUUUAA